AUGCACUGGUUGAGAAAUGCAAAUUGUUCCCAUUCUUUACCUCCAUGGCUGUCAGUCAAUAAAGACGGGACCUGGUUUUCCAAUGUCAACCAAACUGAUGUGAAUGCAGUGACAUGGGAAGUCUUUCCUGCAAAGGAGGUUAUACAACCAACUAUCGUGGAUGCUGCCAGCUUCUUGGUAUGGAAAGUUGAAGCAUUUGAAACAUGGUCAAGAGGAUGGCGGAAGCUCUAUCCAGAAGGUGAUCCAUCCACAAAAUUACUUGAAGAGGUGCAAAGAAAUUAUUUCUUGGUCAGCUUGGUUGAUAACGAUUACAUCAAUGGUGAUAUGUUCGUCGUGUUUAAAGAUAUCAGAAAUGAUUGA